GACCGCCUCCUCGUCCUCCUGAAGCCAUCUCGUCCAUCUUACCGUCAGCUUAUCCACUAUCUAGCAUAAGAAGACUUCCAUCAUGCAGCACGUUCUUCAGGCGGGCUCUCUUCCGGCAUGUCGGCCGUAUCCGGCAUCCAUUCGGGAAAACAUUCGAAGCCAACCUUGGUGCCUGAAAAUUUCAAUGGUCUUGCCUCCGUCAUGCCAGAAGACUGGAUACCUACUGGCGCAACCCGCGUUACUUACAAAGGGAAGAAUGGAGAUGUCCACGCCCCAACCCUAUGCAUCGGCGCCUGGUCGUGGGGCGACAAAGCAACCUGGCACUGGAACCCGGAGGACGAACCCGCCGCCGAAGAAGCAUGGAGGUACUGUGUGAGCAAAGGUGUCAACUUCAUCGACACUGCCCAGGCGUACGGCACGGGAGAGAGUGAAGCCAUUUGCGGACGCUUCUUCAAGAAUAUGGAUCGAGACAGCUUUGUUGUUCAGACAAAAUACUACGUAGUCCCUCAGAGGAAAGACGUACUCCAUCCGACGCAUGCACCCCUGAAGAAGCUGGAGACAAGUCUUAAGAACCUCGGAUUGGAUUAUGUCGACAUUUACCUGGUCCACGGCCCUAUCCACAUCCAGUCAAUCGAGCGCAUUGCCAAGGGAAUGGCAGAGUGUGUCGACAAAGGCCUCGCCAAAUGUAUCGGGGUUGCCAACUACGACACAGGCGACAUGAUUAAGAUGCAGGAAGAACUGACCAAGUACGGUGUUCCGCUGGCUCUCAACCAGUGCGAAUUCUCGCUUGCGCGACGCCGGCCUGAAACAUCGGGCCUUCUGAAGGCGUGCAAGGAUCGCGGCGUCGUCUUCCAAUCCUACAGUUCUCUUGCCCAAGGACGGCUUACAGGGAAAUACUCCAAGGAUAACCCCCCACCCAAGGAGUACCGGUUCUCGUCGUACGCCAUGGAAGACUUUGAACCCUUGGUCAGUGUGCUCAAACACAUCGCGGACAAGCGGCAAACCAGUGUCAGCGCAGUCGCUCUCAACUAUAAUUUAUGCAAGGGAAUCACUCCGGUCGUGGGUGUUCGAAAGCUGGAACAGGCUGUAAGCAACUGUCAGACGUUGGGUUGGCGGCUUUCUAAGGAGGAGAUUGAACAGCUUGACGCGGUUAGCUUUGAAGGGCACACAACCAAGCUGUGGCAGCAGGGCUGAAUAGAUGGUCUGGGACAUGGCGCGGUUUCUCGGACACUUCGACAUCACCGAGGUGCAUCGUUCUUCUCAAUAAAUAUGGUAGAGUAUUCACAUCAACUGUUGCGACUCAUCGUCCAGCAGCUCGUUCCAUAUCAUUGUUCAUGGAGUAUAAAAUCUUUUCCAUCUGAAAAAUCUCUGCAGUUCAAAGAUCACUGCGCUUUGCUAAACGCCUCCGAUGUUUUCCGAGUUCACAGCUCGUCCUUGACAUCUUUUGCCUCUUUCUUCUUCUUCCAAGCAAGGACAGCCUCUUGAAUG